GAAUCUCAGAAAAUAAUUCACGAUAAUCGCAAUCCCCGAGGUGCUCUGUCUGUACUCGUGAAGGAAUUUUUGCUUUCACACUUCAUUUCUCGCGCUUUUUUCAACACUUCCAUAUUAAGAAGACAGACAAAAACUCCACUUGCGCUCUCUCUCUCUCUCACGCAAACGCGCGCGCGCACACACACGCACCCACACGCAUUACUUUACUCACUGCCACCUCAGGGUUUUGCAGAGAAGAAGAAAAAAGAACUAUAGCAAUGGCGGGGUACAGAGCUGAAGACGACUACGAUUAUCUGUUCAAGGUAGUCUUGAUUGGGGACUCUGGUGUGGGGAAGUCCAAUUUGCUCUCCAGGUUCACCAAGAACGAGUUCAACCUUGAGUCCAAGUCUACUAUUGGGGUUGAGUUCGCUACUCGCAGCUUGAAUGUUGAUGGCAAGGUCAUCAAAGCCCAGAUUUGGGACACUGCUGGCCAAGAAAGGUACCGUGCUAUCACGAGUGCUUACUAUCGAGGAGCAGUAGGUGCACUUCUCGUGUACGAUGUCACCAGACACUCAACAUUUGAGAAUGUUGAGAGAUGGUUAAAGGAAUUAAGGAACCAUACAGAUCCCAACAUUGUCGUGAUGCUCGUUGGGAACAAAUCCGAUCUCCGUCACCUUGUAGCAGUCUCGACCGAAGAUGGGAAGAACUUUGCUGAGAGAGAAUCGCUCUACUUCAUGGAAACUUCCGCAUUGGAAGCAACGAAUGUAGAAAAUGCAUUUGCGGAAGUUCUAACUCAGAUAUACCGUAUCGUGAGUAAGAAGGCAGUUGAAGGAGGAGAGGAUGGAGGUGCAUCCGUUCCUGGUAAAGGAGAGAAGAUAAAUGUCAAAGAUGAUGUUUCUGCCUUGAAGAAAGUUGGAUGCUGCUCAAGCUAGAAUCCGUGUGUUUUUUGGAUUGAGGGUUUCUGGCAUCUCUCUGCCUGUAAUAUUUUCUCAUGGGUGCAUCCCAGAAGAGAACCGGGAAAAGGGAGUUUUCUUAGGACAUUGAUUUGCUGUGUCCAAUUACAGUAUGUAGUGUGGUGAUCUUUAGCAGCAGAAUAGGUAGAAUUGUUUCUACCAUCCUUCCAUUCUUUUUUGGUUUUUCUUUCAUUUUUCCUCUUACUAGUUUCUUUGUCAGAAAUUUCAUGAUCAGAAUUGUGCAACUUGUCUCGUGUAGUUAUUUAUUUGAAACUGCCCUAGCCAUGGAUAUGAUAUAACUUUCAGUAAUUAUUACUGGAGAAGUUGCUGGCUUUAUAGGAUUGCUUUUUAAGUAAUACCACAGUUGCAGCAUUAGGAUAUCAAA